AUGGUACAAAGAGUCAGCCCCCAUAAGAACCAAGUCAUUGAUGUGAAGUUCUUUUUUUCCCUCGACAUUCUAGCAGCUGUCAUUACAUUUGCUGGGGAAUUCUCGACGAGAUUUUACUUGUCCUCCCAUGCUGUUCUUUCUGUGGUUUCCUUGUUUCUUUUUGCGAUCCUGUUCCAGAUGGCUCAACAGUGCUUCCAAAAUGAAUAUUUUGACAGAUUGCUGAAUGCUUGCAAACCGUGUCACCUUCGAUGCCCUAAUACCCCUCCUCUAAUAUGUCAGCGUUAUUGUAAUACAAUGAAAGGAACAAAUGCAAUUCUCUGGACCUGUUUGGGCCUCAGCUUGAUAGUUUCUUUGACAGUUUUCGUGUUGAUGUUCUUGCUCAGGAAGAUGAGCUCCGAGCCAUUAAAGGAGGAAUUUAAAAACACAGGAUCGGCUCUCCAGAAGGAUGCUAAUGAAGACGGGACUGGUGCGGAAACUCUUCUUUCGAGAGGCCUCGGGUACACAGUGGAAGAAUGUACGUGUGAAGACUGUGUCAGGAGCAAACCAAAGGUCGAUUCUGACCAUUUCUUUCCACUCCCAGCCAUGGAAGAAGGUGCAACCAUUCUUGUCACCACGAAAACAAACGACUACUGCAACAGCCUGCUAGCUGCCUCGAGUGUCAUGGGGAUGGAGAAAUCAAUUUUCCCAGCUAAUUAACCAUUUCGAUGGUAUAGAGCUACUUGGAAAAUCUUUUGUCAGAAGAAAAGGAUGAUGUAUCAGAUCUUUUUAGGAUGAUUGUACUUAUCAGUGGAUGAUAUGGCUUUUUGUUCUCUAA